AUGCACAGGCUCUCGGCUGUAGGACCAAUAGCACAGGUGCUCUCAGUCUCUCUCCUCUCCCUCUCCACUCCCUCUCUCUCUCUUUCUCUCUCUCCUCGUCUCUCUCCUCCAGGUGUUCUACGUCUGUUGGAGCAUGAUGAGGAGUAUGUUUUCACUCUGCCCUGUGCCUACGCCCGCUCCAUUCUUACCGUACCCUGGGUGGAGCUGGGAGGGAAAGUCACCAUCAGUUGUGCCAAGAGUGGAUACUCUGCCACCGUUACCUUCCAUACUAAACCCUUCUAUGGAGGAAAGAUACACAGAGUGACAGCGGAGGUGAAGCACAACCCGACGGGGACCAUAGUGUGUAAGGCCCAAGGGGAAUGGAACGGUACCCUAGAGUUCACCUACAGCAGUGGAGAGACCAAGGUCAUCAACACCUCCAAGCUGCCUGUCAUCAGGAAGAAGAUACGCCCCAUGGAGAAACAGGGACACUACGAAUCACGGCGUCUGUGGCAGCAUGUCACCUCAGCUCUGAGAUCAGGAAACAUUGACUCUGCUACAGAGCACAAACACUGUCUGGAGGAGAGGCAGAGAGCAGAGGGCCGACAGAGAGCUGCCUCCAACACACCCUGGACACCCAAGUACUUCAUCAAGGAGGGCGAGGGCUGGGUGUAUCACAACCCCUUGUGGAAGACCCACUGACGAGGGGAGGGGCCUCGGGGGGGAGGGGCAACGUGCCAGCUGCCAAUCACAGCACAGCGAGCGGCCCACUGGUGGUCAUGGCAACACACAGGGGACCAGCUAGCCGGGCCGCUAGAGAAUAGAGGAAAUACACAAGGGGCUGUGUUCCAAAUGGAACCCUAUUCUCUAUAUAGACAGACAACUGCAGAAAGAGUGCACUACAUAGGGAAUAGGGUGCUAAUUUUCAGAUUUGCCCAAUGGAUUGUCUUGGAUGAGGAGCUUGUGUCUCAGUCAUUCAAUAAGAAUGAGAGGUGCCAAAGACUCUCAAGAGGGACAGGAACUACAGUCAAGACAGCAAAAGCUCACUGAGUUUCCCUGUCAGAAGCUGACCUGCUACCACACGAUACAGGAAACUCGGCGGCCAUUUUGGAGACGGACCAGGUCGAACCAGGAAGAGGUUGGUUAGGGACGGAAGAUGAGCGUGAUCGUUGGUGGUCAAAGAUAGCUGAACAAUUAUGUAGCUUUUCUUUAAUAUACAGUAGAAUCUAAAUACCAGAAGAAUAUAUUAUAUUCACAUGCUUCUUCCUUCACUUUUAAUUGGUUUGCACAGGUACUGUAGCUGUCUCCACUGUUAUUACCCAGUAGGCCACAGGAGGGGUUGUCCUUCCAGCUGUCUCCACUGUUAUUACCCAGUAGGCCACAGGAGGGAUUGUCCUUCCAGCUGUCUCCACUGUUAUUACCCAGUAGGCCACAGGAGGGGUUGUACUUCCAGCUGUCUCCACUGUUAUUACCCAGUAGGCCACAGGAGGGAUUGUCCUUCUAGCUGUCUCCACUGUUAUUACCCAGUAGGCCACAGGAGGGGUUGUCCUUCCAGCUGUCUCCACUGUUAUUACCCAGUAGGCCACAGGAGGGGUUGUCCUUCCAGCUGUCUCCACUGUUAUUACCCAGUAGGCCACAGGAGGGAUUGUCCUUCCAGCUGUCUCCACUGUUAUUACCCAGUAGGCCACAGGAGGGGUUGUCCUUCCAGCUGUCUCCACUGUUAUUACCCAGUAGGCCACAGGAGGGGUUGUCCUUCCAGCUGUCUCCACUGUUAUUACCCAGUAGGCCACAGGAGGGGUUGUCCUUCCAGCUGUCUCCACUGUUAUUACCCAGUAGGCCACAGGAGGGGUUGUCCUUCCAGCUGUCUCCUCUGUUAUUACCCAGUAGGCCACAGGAGGGGUUGUCCUUCCAGCUGUAUGAUGUAUGUAAGAUCCAAGGAUCUAUGAUUUGUCCAUAAUUAACACACAACACCAAACACACUGUUUAGUGAAGAGUCUUUCUUCAGCCCUUCUGUUCUAUGAUGUACAGUAUAUACAUACCGGUUAGGUAUGUUUGUCACACUUGACUUGUACACUGUUCAUAACACAAUGGCCCAGUAUAGAGAACAGUGUUUCCUCCAGCCCUUCCAACAGCCCACAAUGGAGAAAUGUAAUCAGAGGUGAACACUGCUACAAUGUCAAAGUCAAAGCCAUUUCUCCAGCCCACACCAGCAAUCUUCAGUAUUCACACACUAACGUUGGAGUGAUUGGAACCAGGAAGUAACCCGUUACUCCAGUCUGUUUGUCCUUUUAUAUGGCCGAACCUUGAAGAGAUCUUUAUAGAGUCUAAUUUAUGGCCGAACCUUGAAGAAAUCUUUAUAGGGCCGAACCUUGAAGAGAUAUUUAUAGAGUCUAGUUUGGCUGAGUGGUGUGAACAGCUCUUACCUCCUCUGUGGAACCAGGCCAGUCCAGUUUGGCUGAGUGGUAUGAACAGCUCUUAACUCCUCUAAGGAACCAGUCCAGUUUGGCUGAGUGGUGUGAACAGCUCUUAACUCCUCUGUGGAACCAGUCCAGUUUAGCUGAGUGGUGUGAACAGCUCUUACCUCCUCUGUCCUGUCAGUAUGUCUGAGUGGUAUGAACAGCUCUUACCUCCUCUGUCCUGUCAGUAUGUCUGAGUGGUGUGAACAGCUCUUACCUCCUCUGUCCUGUCAGUAUGUCUGAGUGGUAUGAACAGCUCUUACCUCCUCUGUCCUGUCAGUAUGUCUGAGUGGUAUGAACAGCUCUUACCUCCUCUGUCCUGUCAGUAUGUCUGAGUGGUAUGAACAGCUCUUAACUCCUCUGUCCUGUCAGUAUGCCUGAGUGGUAUGAACAGCUCUUACCUCCUCUGUCCUGUCAGUAUGUCUGAGUGGUAUGAACAGCUCUUACCUCCUCUGUCCUGUCAGUAUGUCUGAGUGGUAUGAACAGCUCUUACCUCCUCUGUCCUGUCAGUAUGUCUGAGUGGUAUGAACAGCUCUUACCUCCUC